CGACUGCGCGGCCCUAGGCGCGCCGGGGUCGCCUUCGGGUCGGAGCGGAGACCGCAGUCCGCGCGGCGCGGUGGCCUCCUCCGCGAGUGAAGCCUGCGACGCUUCUCAGCCAGGCUUCUCAUUGAUUCCCAUCCGAGAGCCUCCUCCGCGAGCCCCGGCGACGGCCGCACAGGCAGCGCGGCGGGAUGAGCGGCAGCGGCGCGGCGCCGGGCCCGGGCUCGGGGUCCUCCCCAGCCGCCUGUCGCUUCGCGCACUACUUCGUGCUGUGCGGGAUCGAUGCGGACAGCGGACUGGAGCCCGACGAGCUGGCGGUUUUGUACCAAUGGCUAGAAGCAGAUCGUCAUGGCAAGAGCCAAGAGACUGCAGGUACGACUUCAGGUGAGAAUUUUGACCAGAGUCCUUUGAGAAGAACGUUCAAAUCCAAAGUUCUGGCCCACUAUCCUCAGAACAUAGAAUGGAACCCUUUUGAUCAAGAUGCAGUCAACAUGCUGUGCAUGCCUAAAGGGCUGUCUUUCAGAACACAAGCUGACAAUAAAGAUCCUCAGUUCCACUCGUUCAUAAUUACCCGGGAAGAUGGUUCUCGCACCUAUGGUUUUGUUCUCACUUUUUAUGAAGAGGUUACAAGUAAGCAAAUCUGUACAGCAAUGCAGACACUGUACCAGAUGCAUAAUGCAGAGCAAUACAGCAGUGUGUAUGCUUCAUCCUCUUGCAGUAUGGACUCACUGGCAAGUAGUAUUGAUGAGGGAGAUGCAACUUCUCUUUUGAAACUCCAGCGAUACAACUCUUAUGACAUCAACAGAGACACCUUGUAUGUUUCAAAAAGUAUAUGCUUGAUCACACCUCUACCUUUCAUGCAAGCCUGCAAGAAAUUCCUCCUCCAGCUUUACAAGGCAGUUACCUCACAGCAGCCACCACCCUUGCCGCUUGAGAGCUACAUCCAUAAUAUUCUCUAUGAGGUACCCCUUCCACCUCCUGGGAGGUCACUGAAAUUUUAUGGUGUUUAUGAACCUGUCAUCUGCCAGAGGCCUGGGCCCAGUGAACUCCCUCUCUCUGACUACCCUCUUCGAGAGGCCUUUGAGCUCCUGGGAUUGGAGAACCUAGUUCAAGUGUUUACCUGUGUUCUUUUAGAGAUGCAGAUCCUUCUUUACUCACAAGAUUAUCAGCGUCUGAUGACUGUGGCAGAAGGCAUUACCACACUCUUGUUCCCAUUUCAGUGGCAGCAUGUUUAUGUACCCAUCCUCCCUGCCUCUCUGCUACAUUUUCUUGAUGCCCCUGUCCCUUAUCUGAUGGGUCUUCAAUCAAAAGAAGGAACUGACCGGUCUAAAUUAGAACUUCCACAAGAGGCCAAUCUGUGCUUUGUGGACAUUGACAACCAUUUUAUUGAAUUGCCCGAAGAAUUCCCACAGUUCCCCAAUAAAGUGGAUCUUAUCCAAGAGCUGUCUGAAGUUCUUCUCCAGUUUGGGAUUCCUCCUGAGGGGAGCCUACAUUGUAGUGAGAGUGCCACCAAACUGAAGAAUAUGGUUCUGAAAGAUUUGGUUAAUGACAAAAAGAACGGCAAUGUCCCCACCAAUAACAUUAGCAUGUAUGAGUUAAUGAAGGGCAACGAAACCAUAGCCCGCCUCCAGGCUCUUGCUGAUAGGACUGGUGUGACUGUGGAAAAAAUGGACCUCACGGCUUCUCUGAGUGAAAAAGAAAAGGAUUUAAAAUUACAGUGUGAAGAGGCAGAAUUGAGGGACUACCAGCUCAACGUACAACUACGAGAGGUCUUUGCCAGCCGCUUUAUACAGAUGUUUGCAGAUUAUGAAGCAUUUGUAAUUCAGACUGCCCAGGACAUGGAGUCCUGGCUGACCAACCGGGAACAGAUGCAGAACUUUGACAAAGCUUCUUUCCUCUCCGACCAGCCUGAGCCUUACCUGCCAUUUCUUUCACGCUUCAUUGAAACACAGAUGUUUGCCACCUUUAUUGAUAACAAAAUCAUGUCUCAAUGGGAAGAGAAAGACCCUCUGCUUCGGGUCUUUGAUUCUCGGAUUGAAAAGAUAAGAUUGUAUAAUGUAAGGGCACCUACACCCACCCUGCGGACAUCUAUAUAUCAGAAAUGCAGCAGUUUAAAAGAAGCAGCCCAGUCAAUUGAACAAAGACUGAUGAAAAUGGAUCAUACUGCAAUUCACCCACAUCUACUUGAUAUGAAAAUCGGCCAAGGAAAAUAUGAGCAAGGGUUCUUUCCAAAGUUACAGUCCGAUGUCUUGGCAGCAGGACCAGCCAAUAACAAUCGCUGGGUGAGUCGAAGUGCCACGGCACAGCGCCGGAAAGAACGGCUCCGCCAGCAUUCUGAACACAUUGGACUGGACAACGACUUACGGGAGAAAUAUAUGCAAGAGGCACGAAGCUUAGGAAAAAACAUGAGGCAACCAAAGCUGUCAGAUCUCUCACCUGCUGUGAUUGCACAAACCAACUGGAAAUUUGUAGAAGGCUUACUAAAAGAAUGCAGAAUGAAGACAAAACGCAUGCUGGUAGAGAAGAUGGGACAUGAAGCAGUGGAACUGGGCCAUGGAGAAGCAAACAUCACUGGCUUAGAAGAGAAUACUUUGAUUGCCAGCCUCUGUGACCUGCUGGAGAGGAUAUGGAGCCAUGGCUUACAGGUCAAGCAGGGGAAGUCUGCCUUGUGGUCACAUCUAAUUCAGUUUCAGGAUAGAGAAGAGAAACAAGAGCAUCUCACAGAUUCACCAGUUGCCCUUGGACCAGAAAGAAGAAAAUCUGACUCAGGAGUUAUGUUACCAACACUCAGGGUCUCUCUUAUUCAAGACAUGAGGCAUGUUCAAAACAUGAGUGAGAUCAAGACUGAUGUUGGCCGAGCCCGGGCAUGGAUAAGAUUGUCUCUAGAAAAGAAGCUUUUGUCUCAGCAUCUCAAGCAGUUGCUCUCUAACCAACCACUGACCAAGAAGCUUUAUAAGCGUUAUGCUUUUCUACGUUGUGAAGAAGAAAGAGAGCAGUUUCUCUACCAUCUGCUGUCCCUCAACGCUGUGGACUAUUUCUGCUUUACCAGUGUGUUCACCACUAUCAUGAUUCCUUAUAGAUCAGUGAUCAUUCCAAUUAAAAAACUGAGCAAUGCGAUCAUUACAUCAAACCCGUGGAUCUGUGUCUCAGGAGAGCUAGGAGACACAGGAGUAAUGCAGAUUCCAAAAAACCUGCUUGAGAUGACUUUUGAGUGUCAGAACCUGGGAAAGCUCACUACUGUUCAGAUUGGCCACGAUAACUCUGGACUGUUAGCUAAAUGGCUAGUGGAUUGUGUCAUGGUGAGAAAUGAAAUCACAGGACAUACGUAUAGAUUCCCAUGUGGGCGGUGGCUGGGGAAAGGCAUCGAUGAUGGAAGCCUGGAGAGAAUUCUUAUUGGAGAAUUGAUGACAUCAGCUUCAGAUGAAGACCUGGGAAAGCAGUGUCGGACUCCACCACAGCAGAAGUCUCCCACGACAACCAGGAGACUGAGUAUUACUUCACUCACAGGAAAGACUGCCAAACCCAAUGCUGGACAGAUCCAGGAAGGAAUUGGAGAAGCUGUGAACAAUAUUGUGAAACACUUUCACAAACCUGAAAAGGAGAGAGGAAGCCUCACAGUGCUGCUCUGCGGAGAAAACGGCCUGGUUGCUGCACUGGAACAAGUUUUCCAUCAUGGGUUCAAAUCUGCCCGCAUCUUUCACAAGAAUGUCUUCAUCUGGGACUUCGUAGAGAAAGCAGUGGCUUACUUUGAAACCACUGACCAGAUUUUAGACAGUGACGAUGACGUACUCAUUCAGAAAUCACCCUGCAAAGCCUUCUGCCACUAUGUGAACGCUAUCAACACCGCACCCAGGAGCAUGGGGAAGGAUGGCAAGUUCCAGAUCUUAGUUUGCCUCGGAGCAAGGGAUCACCUGCUCCCACAGUGGAUUCCAUUGCUAGCAGAAUGUCCUGCCAUCACCCGAAUGUAUGAAGAGAGCGCACUUCUUCGAGACCACAUGACUGUCAACUCCCUUAUCCGAAUUCUGCAGACCAUUCAGGAUUUCACCAUAGUCUUGGAAGGGUCUCUAAUCAAAGGAGUAGAUGUAUAAACCAGCUGACAGAAACGCUUCAUCCUACCCCUGGCUCCUGAACCCUCCCCAAUCCUGGGACCUAUUUGGAUUGUUCUAACGUUAGUGAGCACUGCCUGGGCAGUACUCUGGAAGCCCAGUUUGAACAAUCUCCACUCUGCACACAAGGCAAAGUGCUGUAUUGUAGUUCAUUUGAACCUGAAAUUUAGUAUAAAACAGAGUAUUUUCAUGUGUUAGAUGUGUGUAAAUAUGCUAUCUUUAAGAAAUUAUAUUACUCUAAUAAGAUACUUUUCAUAGAUGAAUAUUCCUGUGACUUAAAAUAAGUAGCUUAAAAACGUUGGGGGUGGGGAGAGUGGUGCUAGUCAGGAAGAAGCCGGUAAAUGUGUAAAUAGGGCAACCCAUCGGCUUCUUUUUUCCCUCCAGGUAUCACAAAGGAACCCAGAAAGCAUUGUUCUGAAGCAGCCAUCCUUCCUGGAGUUCCAUCCUGUGUGUGUGAAUGUAUACAACUUUACAUACUGUACAUUAGUCCUCAUUGUACCUUUAAGUUUUAAACUGUUUAAUUCGUGAGUUAGGAGUCACUUCUUCAGUUUGGGGAAAGUUUUUCAAUUGGUACAAGUAAAAGAUACAAUUAAAGUAUUUUAAAUACCAGACCCCAGCAGGGCUUGGUGGCUCCCACCUUUAAUCCCAGCACUGGGGAGGCAGAGGCAGGUUGAUUUUUCUGAGUUACAGGCCAGACAGAACUACAUAGUGAGACCCUGCCUAAGAACACAAGUACACACGUACACACAGCAAAUACCGGAUCCUAAGAGCUUGGCUAAUUGGAAAUAAAACACAAGAAGCCCUGAGAAGUGUAUUUAAGUGUGGGAUUAUAGCUUCUUUACUUUGCAAAGAUUAGCAGGAAGUAGCUUCAUUCUUGGGAUUGUUAUUACUGUCGUGUGAGAGUACCUUGGAGAUAAUGAAUUUCAGUAUUAGCCAGAUAGUCAUAAUAAGUGCAAAAAACAGUUGUUACUCAGUACUUUCAACUUGGCCAUCUAAACUCUGUAACCAGAGUUAGACUACCAGCCCUGUCUUUGUUAGGUUCCAGCCACCCCCUCCGCCUGCCCCAUCCCCCCUCAGGAAAUGGAAGGAAUGUGGAAGAUGGGAGGGGUCUCUGUGUGAUUUGGAAUGCUUUUGUGAAAGUAUUUGUUGACCAUGAUAAUGCAAAUAACAGAAGCAGAGAGAAAGAAUGAAGCCUUUCUGGGUGUUUCAGGGAAAUGUAAAGCAAUUGGCCCAGAGAAGGUUAAAAAAAAGGCUCUGCUGCAGACUGAGAAGUGAAAUUGAAGGAAGAGACAACAAUGUAGAAAGACCUCAAGUUAGAACUUUCUAGUUAGUCUAUUUUUUUAAGCUAACUAAGUGUGUUAGCAAUUACAUAAGUCUUUAUCUUCUGGUAAGUCAGUUGUAGAUCUCUAAUGAGGCACUGAUACCCUGUUAGUAGCAGAAUUGCCCCAGCAGACCUCCAGGUUUAUUCCCCGUUAUAGCUGAAAGCAGAGCUACAGUCUCUGAGGAGCCUUGUGCGAACUAAGGGUCCUGGGCUCUUGCCAAAAGUGUUGUUUUCCUUAUUUACUAGAGGAAGAAACUAAUAGAUAAGGGGCCUCAGCCCUUUAUCAGACACUGUCCAGCCAAGGAGCAGCUCCUGGGAAUGUGAAGAAAAGGGAAGGAAAAGCUUUAGAAAAUGGUUCCAGAUGAUCUGGGCAAACCAGAGAUUGUUUGCCUAAAAUAAAAGUGUGUCUGUAGUAGUGUGAGACUAUUCUAGAGACAUAAACCUACUGUGGGAAACAUCCAGAAGCUAUAAAUGGUCCAUUCCAGGUUUUUAUUGUUCUCUUUGCCAUCGUCCUGACACUGAGCAUUGGAUAGAUUUUAAGUUCGUAUGCCACAAAUGAGUCAUCUAGUACAGCUUCUUCAUUUUGUAGGUGGAAACAGAAUCAGAGAUUACAUUCUUGCCCUUUCCCCCUUGACAACACUGGGUUUAGAAAUUAUGCUUUUUACCACACCAGACUGCAUGAAUCCAACCUUCAAGGCAUUGUUACUUAAUAGUAUUUAUUCUUUUGAAUCUUCAUUUACCUGUACAGAUAUGAAGCAGUAUUCCUGUAAUACUUAAUAAGGACUGAUGCUUAAGUUAAAUUGUUUUGUUGUUGUUUUGUUUUUGUUUGUAAAACAGGAUCUCACUGUGUAGCCCUGGCUGGCCUCCAUUGGAACUCCAUUUGUAGAGCAGGCUGACCUGGAACUCACAGAGAUCUACCUGCCUCUGCCUCCUAAGUGAGCAGAUUCAAGUGAGUGCCCUGCCCAACAAACUGUUCUUAAUCCCUUAGACAUUACAUCUGUUGUAAAAACUGGGAGCAGAGUUGCAUUCCCACUUGUGUUUAAAUUGUUACUUAAAAAGUAAUACAAAAAAAGAAGUUACCUAUAAAGUUUUCUUUCAUGUGCUAUCAUUUGGAUGGACUAAGUGACAUGACUGAUUAAAACUCCCGAACAUCCUUUCGAAGGCUGGCUUUACCCCUUGGUGUCGCACCUGCUCACACAACUGGGCUCUUGGGGGCUGUUUGACCAGCCCAUAAGCCAAUUCAUUUUGAAUUUCCCAUUGGUGGUAAAUCUUUGCCUAAAGACCUUAGGAUGUGAUAAAUAAGAAUAUGCUCCUAGUGAGUUUGGGGUUAACUAUUGCAAAUGAUAAAGAAGGAAGAUUUACAUUGUGGCUUAUAACAGACUGAAUCAAUAUGAAAAAUGCUUAUAUAACAACAGAAGCAGAUUCCUCAGAACAAAUGCACAUAACCACCCACGCUGACUUUUGUUAGGACCAUACAACAGGCACCUUUCUUGCUGUGCAUUUUUGUUAAACUAUCACCUCAAAGUAAAUGAAAAUCAAAACUG